AUGGAGCUCUUCGCCGACGUCGUCACAAAGACGGAUGAGAACUUUUGCGCCCUAUGCACCGACGAGAAGGACGUCGGCAUCUCUGGCAAGCCCCUCCACCACAAAGGGUCAUCCUUCCACCGUGCAAUUCCCGAUUUCAUUUGUCAGAGCAGUGACUUCACUGCGGGUAACGACACUGGCGGCAAGUCGAUCUACGAUGCCAAUUUUACCAACGAGAACAUCGUGACCAUGCACACUGUGGUGGAGGAGUACGACGUAUUGAAGGCGGUGGAGAAUGUUGGGUCGGGGAGCCACCAGACCUCGAGACCGGUGGUGAUCGCCGGCUGCAACCAACUUCAGAUCUGA